GGACUGACCCUGUAUAUCAAGAAAUGGCAGCACUCCCAGCAUUUCAGCCUCCACUAGGCCCGCAACCAGCUAAUGGACCCCUUUACAGCCCGCAACAAGUAACUCUUGUGCUCCGAGAGAAGGUCUGGUCCUUGUCUGGAGACACGUUCACGGUGCACACUGCAGAUGGUGCAAAUGUAAUGCAAGUGAAGGGGAAGCUUGCCUCUCUUCGCUCCAAAAAGACUUUUACCGAUAUGCAUGGCAACGAACUCUUCGUCCUGGCAGAAAAGAGGCUGAAGAUCUUCAAGACUUUCCACGCAGAUAGCGCCGCUGGACACAACUUCGAUAUCGAGGGUCACUUCUCAAUAGGAAGUUCCAAGAGUACCGUCAAAUUCGUAAACGCGGCCGACAGGGCGCCUAUCGAACUGCAGGUCAAGGGAGAUUGGUUCGAUCGGAGCGCAACUAUUAAGUUGGGCGAGAGAGUUGUCGCCCAAAUCAUGAGAUCGUUCGCGAACGCGCGAGAGAUCUUUGCCAGCAAGCAGACUUACUUCGUGACCGUAGCGCCGAAUGUGGACUUGAGCUUGAUUGCAGCAAUAUGUGUCGCCAUCGAUGAGCGAGAGAAUGAGAAGUAACGAGCCUGUGAAGCAGUCCGUUGCCGAAACAAGGACCCGCGGCAGACAGUACCAGUGGUACCUUACCUGACGGAAGAUGAAGGAGGAUAGUGGUAGCAGGUAAAAAAGACGAGAGCACGACUGAUGCGUGCCAAGGCGUCUCAGGAGUCUAGGCAGGGCCGGCACGGUUCCAUGUGCUCGUGCCGAUGCAUCAUGCACCAUCACAUCAUAUCGGAUUAUAUCAUCCUGGGCCGAGGUCGGAAUGCUCCCGAGUCUGCUUCGAAACCCCGUCCACCACAUUUGGUAUCAAC